UUUAAAAACAUGGGUACGGUCCUGUCAGAGGUGAGAGGAGCACUUGCUCUACUUUUUACGUCAGUUUCCUAACCUUUUCAAAAUACCACCUCAAGAGAAAUUCCAGCUGGGCUUAAGACUUGGAGUCUGAACUUAUUUACUACUACGGCGUACAAAAGAUAAUCGGCGAAGAUGAACACUCAAAUGACUGCAAACGAGGUGCGUAACGCGUACAUAGAUUUUUUUAAAGAAAAACAACAUGUGUAUGUGCACUCAUCUUCAACAAUUCCUCUGGAUGACCCAACAUUGCUGUUCACCAAUGCUGGUAUGAACCAAUACAAGCCCAUUUUUUUGGGCACCGUUGAUCCCAACAGUGACUUGGCUAAGAUCACCAGGGCUGUGAACUCCCAGAAGUGCAUAAGAGCUGGAGGCAAACACAAUGAUCUUGAUGAUGUGGGCAAGGAUGUUUACCAUCACACUUUCUUUGAGAUGAUGGGCAACUGGUCCUUCGGAGAUUAUUUCAAGAAGGAGAUUUGUGCAUGGGCUUGGGAGUUGUUGACUGACAGGCUUAAGUUGCCAGCUGAAAGAUUGUAUGUCACUUAUUUUGGUGGUGACACAGCUGCCGGUUUGGAACCAGACAAUGAAUGUAAACAGAUAUGGUUGGAUCUGGGCGUCCCAGCAAACCAUGUGAUCCCAGGCAACAUGAAGGACAACUUCUGGGAAAUGGGUGAGACAGGGCCAUGCGGUCCUUGCUCCGAGCUCCACUUUGACCGAAUUGGUGGUCGAGACGUGCCUGAACUCGUUAAUCAAGACGACCCAGACGUGUUGGAAAUCUGGAACCUGGUGUUCAUCCAGUUCAACAGAGAAACAGAUGGUUCCCUGAGGCCACUACCCAAGAAACACAUUGAUUGUGGCUUAGGAUUGGAACGUUUGGUGUCGGUUAUACAGAACAAGAGGUCGAACUACGAUACGGACUUGUUCACACCAUUGUUCGAGGCUAUUCAAAAGGGUACGGGAGCUCCUGCCUAUCAGGGACGCGUGGGCAGUGAUGAUGUUGACGGCGUUGACAUGGCUUACAGAGUUUUGGCCGAUCACGCUAGAACCAUCACCAUCGCACUCUCAGACGGUGGUAAUCCAGACAACACUGGAAGAGGAUAUGUAUUGCGUCGUAUUUUGAGAAGAGCAGUAAGGUACGCAACAGAAAAACUAAACGCCAAACCCGGUUUCUUCGCCACUUUGGUGCACACAGUUGGUCAAAUCUUGGGCGACAUCUUCCCGGAAAUCCGCAAGGAUCCGCAAAGCAUAAUCGACACCAUCAAUGAAGAAGAGGAUCAGUUCUUGAAAACACUGUCAAGAGGUCGUAAUUUACUGAACAGAACCAUUACAAAGCUGGGCGACUCCAAAACAUUACCCGGCGACGUUGCCUGGAGAUUGUACGACACUUAUGGUUUCCCCGUGGAUUUGACCCAGCUUAUGGCUGAGGAAAAAGGAUUGAACGUCAACAUGGAUGCUUACGAGGAGUCUAAGAAGCAAGCCCAACUAGCUUCGCAAGGCAAAGGCGCAGGAGUGGAAGACACCAUUAACUUGGAUGUGCACUCAAUCACUGAGUUGCAAAACAAAGGUGUGCCACCCACUGAUGACUCCCCCAAAUACGACUAUGAAGCCGAAUCUGACGUAAACGUUGAGUACAAGUUCAAGACCUGUGAAGCAACAGUUAUUGGUCUGAGAUACAACAAACAGUUCGUAGACGAAGUACAAACCGGACAGGAAUGCGGCGUACUCUUGGACAGGACCAACUUCUACGCUGAACAGGGUGGUCAGAUCUACGACACCGGAUACAUCAACAAAGUGGGCGACGAAAGCGUCGAAUUCUCAGUUAAAAAUGUACAAGUUAGAGGUGGCUACGUCAUCCACAUCGGCAGCAUCGAAGGCUCCCUUAGAAAAGGCGACAAGGUGAUCCUCCACAUCGACACCUCAAGGCGACGCCUGGUUAUGAACAACCACACUGGCACCCACAUCCUCAAUUACGGACUGAGGAAAGUGUUGGGCACUGAUGCCGACCAAAGAGGCUCUCUAGUUGCCCCCGACCGUUUGAGAUUCGAUUUCACCAACAAAGGCGCAUUGACUGCUGAACAGGUCAAAAACGUUGAGGCUGCUUCCAAGGAAUUGAUCUCUAGAAACAAUGAAGUUUUUGCCAAAGAAUCCAAUUUGGGUGUAGCAAAAACUAUUAGGGGUUUGCGUGCUGUUUUCGAAGAGACCUACCCUGACCCUGUUAGGAUUGUAUCUGUUGGUAUUCCCAUAGACAAAUUGGAGGCUGAUCCCUUUGGACCAGCUGGUGAUGACACCUCCAUUGAAUUUUGUGGUGGUACUCACUUAAGAUAUGCUGGGCAUAUUGGAGACUUUGUUAUUGCCAGCGAAGAAGCUAUCGCUAAAGGUAUUAGAAGGAUAGUUGCCUUGACUGGACCUGAAGCUACAAAAGCCAUAAAGAAAAACGAACUGUUGGAGAAUAGACUGAACGAAAUCAAAUCGUCAAUUGAUGCCGACAAAGACGGCGCCAAAUCAAAGGAAAUUGUUAAAAAAAUCGUGGAACUAACAGAGGAAGUAUCUCACGCCACCAUUCCCUACUGGAAGAAGGAAGAGAUCAGAAACUCACUGAAGACUCUAAAGAAGAAUCUGGACGAUAAAGAUCGUGCUGCUAAAGCAGCUGUGGCCAACAAAGUGGUCGACGAAAUUAAGGAAUUCGUCAAAGCUAAUCCUAAUCUGCCAAUCCUGGUUAAAGAAUUGAAAGCAUUCAACAACACUAAAGCUCUCGACACUGCUUUGAAACAAGUGCGAUCACUGAGCCCCAACACUUCUGCCCUUUUCGUCACCGUGGACCAAGAUUCUAAUAAAAUGUUCUGUCUGUCGUCAGUUCCCAAAGAAGCCAUCGAAAAGGGCUUGAAAGCUAACGAAUGGGUACAAGCUGUGGCAGCCAAAUUGGGUGGCAAAGGAGGUGGAAAACCUGAUUCUGCACAAGCUUCUGGCGCUAACACCGCCGACGUUAACGAUAUUUUAGAUUUGGCAAAGAAAUUUGCGGAUACUAAGUUGGCUUAAAGAGUUGCCUUAAUUUUGUUUUUACCAGUGGAUAUCCGGUUGAAUUAUAUAAGGUCAAAAUGUUAUUAAUUAUAAGCUAUUUUAAAUUUGUAUUUAUUUAUAGCUGCAAUAAAAUCUUUUUAUAUAUGAAUAA